AAUGAUCGUUUCAUUAUCAUUUUCAUUAUCUUUGUUUAUUUAAUCUCCUUCUCAUGUUUAGAAGCUAAGCUCUACCAUUUUCUCCGCCCUGAUUUGGUCUUCAAAUCUUCCAUUUCUUGUGAGUUUUUGAUGAGUUUGCGUUUGAUAAUCAAAGGGAAAAGCUCUUUCUUCACACCUCAAAUUUCACUUUUUUCUUUUACAAAUGCAUUUUAAUCACAAUCCUAGAACCCUAAAAUUGUUAACAAGUGUUGAUCUUUGUUUCAUCAUCGAAAGUUUUGAUUUUUUUGGUUUUCUAUGUUGCAGGAGGAGUUAAAGCCACUUGGGUUUUCACGGAUUUGUUCAAAGGAAUCUUCUUUGACGACACUUGGACUUAAAGCAUAGAUCUUGAGUUCGUUGGAGUUUCUUGUUCAAAUGGCUGAUCAUCAAGAGAAGGUUCCAGUCUCUUUGUCUCAAGCCCCGUCAUCAUCGUCUCUGUCCCCAACAACAACGCCAAUAGGUGAAGAAUUGUGGUUGAUUGCUGAGGAAAGGGCUCAGGAGAUACUAUUUGCCAUCCAACCUAUGUAUCUUUCAGAAAGAAGUAGGAAUGAGAUCAUCAAUCAUCUCCAGACUCUUAUGAGGGAACGUCUUGGAAUUGAGGUCUUUUUAUUUGGUUCGGUGCCAUUAAAAACCUAUCUCCCAGAUGGAGAUAUUGAUCUGACAGUUCUAACUCCUUAUGGUAUGGAGGAGAACUGUGCUAAAGCAUUGCGUAAUAUACUUGAAGCUGAAAGGGGAGAAUCAGAUUUCCAAGUAACUGAUGUCCAGUAUAUCCAUGCACAGGUCAAGGUCAUAAAGUGCACUAUCAGGAACGUUGCUUUGGAUAUCUCCUUCAAUCAAAUGGCGGGACUAUCCGCUUUAUGUUUUCUGGAGCAGGUUGACCGGGCUUUUGGUAGAGACCAUCUGUUCAAACGUAGCAUCAUUUUGAUUAAGGCCUGGUGUUUUUAUGAAAGCCGUAUUCUCGGUGCCAACAAUGGAUUGAUUUCGACGUAUGCAUUGGCUAUACUCGUCUUGAACAUCGUCAACAUGUCUUAUUCAUCAGUAUCUGGCCCUUUAGCUGUACUGUAUAAGUUCAUGGAUUUCUAUGGAUCAUUUGAUUGGGAGAAUUACUGUAUCACGGUCACUGGUCUGGUCCCGAUAUCAUCUUUUCCAGAUAUUACGGAAACCAGAAAUCAUGAAGUAUUCCUAGAUGAGAAGUUCUUCAGAGAAUGCAUUGAGUCAUAUUCGGGGCCAGCUAAUGUUGUUGAAGCCAACAGGAAAUAUUUUCCUGUAAAACACUACAACAUACUGGAUCCUCUGAAACACAGCAAUAACCUUGGACGUAGUGUGUCAGAAGGAAAUGCGAUACGUUUAAGACAUUGUUUUAGAAGGGGAGCUCAGAAGCUCAGAGAUGUGCUUACAUUUCCUGGAGAGACCGUGGGUUGGAAACUGGAGGACUUCUUUGGUAAUUCACUGGAUAGGAACGGUAAGGGACAAAGGCAAGACGUAGAGGAGCCUGUCAUCCCGUUUGGCACUGGAAAAGCAGACUACUCUAAUCUUAGAGGAGAUUUUUACGGAUACUUCUUAUGUUUUAUAUACGGGAAGUGGUUUCACAGAGAGAGCCUGCAUAACUGGAUCCCUCAGGGUCUAGACAUAAGUUCUUGGGAAACUGUCCGCUGGUUUAUGACACGCCGAAGGAAUGUUUUCAAUGGGAGGAAUCUGAAUGGAGGAUCAACAUCAACAUCGAUGCCAAACAAGCGGAAAUCAAAAGGAACAGGCACUUACAUUCCUGAAAUGGGUCAACAAUCUUACACCGGUAGGUCCAGUAGCAAACCGAGCACAGUGAAAUCAUUACCUUCAGCAUCUCAGACUCAUCAGUGCAAAAAGAAUCCUCAGACUCAUCGGUGCAAAAAGAAUCCUCAGACUCAUCAGUGCAAAAAGAAUCCUUGAAUUGGUCUCUUAGGCUAAAACCUUUUGCCUAAUAACCUUAGGUUUGUCUCGCAUUCUUACCAACAGCAAACAAUGACAGAGAGUUUUUUUUUUCUUUUCUUUUUUUUCUUUUUCAAUGUUGGUAUAUUGGAAGUUGCAAUGGUUGAAGCAGAUGCUUCAUUUUAGGAUGAUUCAUUAAGAUUGUAAUUCUGUUUGACCCAUGAUUCAUUCAGAGAUCUCUCUUAUUAAGUUGGACAGAAGAAAGACAAUUCAUUCUGAUUAGCUCGUUA